AUGAAGACGAGAGACGACAUCGUCGAUCAACUUAGGCGCUACCAGCGAGAUUACGAUCGCUCGGAAGCCCAACUUGAUCUCCUUCAUCGCCAGCAGGACGAAGCUCGAGCGACUUUGAUGCUGCUUGCACAGGAGAGGUUCUUCAUGAUAGGUGAAGCGGCGAGGUUGUCAGAGGAGCUGGAGCGCCUACCCGAGCAGGAUCAGAAACUUCGACACGUCCGCCACGCAGUCGUGGAAAGCGCCGUGGAAUACGACCAGCUGUGCGUGGACAUUGACGCUCAACUAAGUGCGGCAGGUGUUGCUAUGGGAGAGAUUUCUCAACGUGAGAGGGCUUUGGUAGGAGAGGUGGGGGCAUUACGGGGUAUGAGGGCGGACGUAACCAAAAACAUUCUCGAUUCCCUCGCAGCCCUUCAGCAGCAGUUAGUGGAAGAUGAGGGCAACGCCGCCGACACACCAUAG